AUGAAACGUGCACGCGGAGGUGCCAAAGUCAAGGGCAACAAAGGCCCGGUGAACGGUUUGGCUGAAGCAGAGCAGCUCUGCAUGUUGCAGCAAAGUGCGCUGGAUCGAAUCAGCAUGGAUUUUCAACACCUCAAGGCUCUCAUCGAACGGGUGGUGAUGCUGGCUGACACCGAACGCCGGAAUGGCGCAGAGGGUGGCAACUUUGCAGCACUGCUGCACCGUUUGCGUGAGAUCAUUGCGGCCAACCAUCGAACACCAUGUACGACUCGCGAACUUGCACCUUUGCCUGUAGCUGCGACUUCCAUCACCUGUGACGACGAUGACAUGGAGUUGGCGGAGGGUGAGGUGAUUUGUGUCUCGGAUUCACCGGAGCUGCAGAUGGCCCAGCUAUGGAGAACAAGUUCCGGAGCUCAGUUGAAAGGUGGUCAUGGUCCAGGACAGAUUUCCAAACGAUGGACAGCCCCAAAGAUCGGGCUGUUGGCCAAUGAAUUUCACUGUGGACGACUGGGCAGGGAAGCCUGGGGAGGAAUCUCCAGUCACCAUCUGAUGGCAGUUGUCAGACACUUGCCCUCACGAGCCGGGAGAGCCCCAGCGGACCGCGUUUUCUCGCACUUUUCCAAAGGGCCGCAGGCGCUGUUGGCCAGCUAUGAGCGCAGAAGGGUGAAAGGCGAUCGCGAUCCUCUGCUGCUGGAUUGGAUGCAAGGUUGGGCCAUGAGUUUGCUUGAAGAAAACUACAAUGCAGCCAACAUCAGCCAACGCAUCACUGACCAGGUGCUUGGACAGCAAGCCACUUCAGCUUCACCAGCCCACGGUGUGGUCUCCGCCGAGCUUUCUGAACCUUCCUUUCCCAGCUUAGCACUGCUUGCAGGCUCCGCCGAGUGUGCCACCCAGGCCCCAACGAGCUGGAACACACCUGGCAUCCCACAUAGGUCGCAGCAGGCGGCAGUCACCAGCCCUGCAGAUCGUGCUUUGCUUGUGGUAGCUGGUGCAGGUAGCGGCAAGACAAAGACUCUGUUGGCUCGUGUGCGUUGGCUGGUGGCUUCAGGCCAAGUCACGCAAGCCAAUGAGAUCUUGUUGCUCUCUUUCAGCCGCGCAGCCUGUGAUGAGCUUCGGCAACGCUUGCGAGCUUUGGACAGAGGCCUGUCCGCGGCUGUGAAGGUGAAGACGUUCCACAGUUUUGCCUUGGAUCUCUUUCGAAGCCACCGCCAGGCUCUUCUUUGCGAAAGCGUGCAGGGGCUGUUACCUGGAAGGCUUUUGCGGGUCUUGCAGCAUGACGAGAACUUACGAGUCGUUGGCGAGUGGGAAGGGGCCUGA